UACACAGCUUCAGCAAUUCACACAUUAAACACCAGCUCCUCCGUCGAUCCGUCGCAUAAAACACACUUUUACUGCAGCUAGAGCUUCAUUUUUUCAGGAUUCCUCCAACCAGACCUGAUCGUCACAUCUGGAACCACUUUUAUUAAAUUACAUAUUUUAUAUUUUGUUUCAUUUUCGGACAUCGGAUAUUACAACAUGGGAUAAACUAAUCAUGAGAACCAGGAUGGAGAGUGGGAAGCAUGGUGUAGAGAAGCUGUAAAGAGAAUUAAGAAGGAUAUUGUGGUUCUGAUCACUGGAAACUGGAGGAUAUGGUCCAGAACAGAGGCUUCAUCGAAGCUCUGACGCUCCUGCUCCUCAGCAUCACGCUCAGCUACAUCCAUUUCCAUUGGUGGUAGACCUGUGUGCAACCUCCGCUUUGCAGACGAUAUUGACUUAAUGGGAGGCAGCAACCAAGAACUCCAGUCGCUGACAGACAAACUGGCUGGCAGAGCAGGAGCAUAUGGCAUGGAGGUGCAUCUCUGCUGCCAUCACUACAGAAUCUCUCCAUCCAAUCUGUGAACAUGAGGCACCUGUUGAAGUGGAGCCCUCUGCAGGAGGCCUGCGGUACCGUCCAAUACUCUGUAAAGUUCCAGGGUGAAUAUGAAACCCACAUGCUGAACGGGAGCUGGGUGGACGCGUACGACUGCCAGCGGAUCAGUCAGACGCAGUGUGAUCUGACCCUUGACCUUGGCUCGGACUCUGAUUACAGCAUCGGUGUGCAGGCGCAGUGCGGAGACCAGACCUCCUGGACUCAGCUCCCCUCGGCCUUCAACCGCAGAGACACUGAGCUGGUGGCUCCUAACAUGAGUGUGAGUGUGACAGGAAGUCUCAUCCAGGUGGACUUCACUGAGGUUCACCCACAGAUCACCAUCAGCCUCAGAGUGUGGAGGGAAGGAGAUGAGCAGAACGCCUCUAGUCAGGUGAUCAAAGCUCAGCCGUACCAGUUCUCCUUCGACACUCAGCAGAACGGAGGGACGCACUGUGUAAAAGCAGAGGCGCGACUGGAGAGCCUCAACAAAUCCAGCAGCACUGAAACCAACUGCAUUUCUGUACCGAAACUCCGGUCCGGCUGGAUUAAGCCUGUAGCAGUAAGUGCUGCUGUGGUGAUAUCCGUGUUCACUGCUUUAGCCCUGGGCUGGAGGUUACCACGCUGUCUUCCACGACUCAGACAGACCAUGUGUACUAAAAAACAGCUGCCCAGUGCUCUGCUUGAAGAUUGGCCCCCCAGGACCCCCACCUUCCCCUGCUCAGUUCAGCUGGAACCCACCCACCCCCUCACGCUGCUACACCCAUCAGAGGAGCAGGAUGGAGCUGCAGGAUGAAGGCAGCGUGUGCUGAAACGCUGAGUCCAGCGCCGGGAACACGCAGUGCUGGAGGAACGUAGAGCUGAACUUAAUAGUGCUGUCAAACAUCUGACGCCACGGGAAUACUGUUUAUUACAGGACUAACGCCGUGCAAAUGAACUGUGGUGUUACGGUUCACUACAGCAGAGCGGAUGGAGCUGCUGUUCAGUCUAAAGCAGGGGUGUCCAAACUUUUUUUGCUGGGGGCCAGAAGUAGAAAUUUAUUUGAAGUCACACAGACUCUGUAAUAAAACAAAUAAUGAAAUAUAGCACUUUAAAUAAUACUUUUUCCUGAUUACUUUCAUUUACACACCAUUUUACUUGACUUACUAUCUUUAUCUUUGACAGUGUUGUGUAAACUAAGAUUUUUCAAAUUAAUGUUUAAUUUCAUGAUGUCUCUUAAUAAUAAACUCCUUAAUUACGGCAACUUUUAGACUCUUUAUCCCGUUUUUUUGCGCUAGAACUGCGCACUCUCUCCGCUUUUAGACUCUUUGGCCCGCUUUUUGCGCUAGAAAUGCGCACUCUCUCCACUUUUAGACUCUUUGGCCCGCUUUUUGCGCUAGAAAUGCGCACUCUCUCCGCUUUUAGACUCUUUGGCCCGUUUUUUUGCGCUAGAAAUGCGCACUCUCUCUGCUUUUAGACUCU